GCUAAAUUAGCUCCAUCCCAUCAGAUCCUUGCGCUAGUUGAGUCUGGGUCUGGGUCUUCUUGUCAGGCUGGCAGUUCGGCUGAUGUCGCGCGGCGGCGUGGUUGGCCGAUCCAUCGACUGGAGUUUCCGCUAAGCCGAAUGCCGUCUAGUCGGACCCCACUUGGCUUUACCAAGUCGGGCCUGCUGUGCAUUGGGAUCUCGGUCAGCCCAGAUACUAUUCUCUUGUGGUCGUUUUCCUGGGACGUUUCUUUGACACACACACACGCAAGCUUUUACUUUUCUUUUCUGGGGUGGUCUUUAUUUUUAUUUUUCUUAUGCUGCUAGUUACCUUUUGGAUCUCCGUGGGAAUAGUCUGACUUUACACACUCUAUACUUACUUUCUUCGAUUCCGGGUAAUCUUUUUCAAACAGGAGACGGAACGAUGGUGAUCAUUAUUACGGCGGAAAUGAGUC